AUGGUCUUUUACUUUACCCUGACGUCUGACCCGGGCGUCAUGUGCUACAUGGGCCGCGACAAAUACGAAAACGAGGAGCUCAUCAAGUUCGGCUGGCCAGAGGACUUGUGGUUUCACGUGGACAAGCACAGCAGCGCACACGUCUACGUGCGUCUGCCGCCUGGAAAGGGUAUGGACGACUUGACCCCGGAGAUCAUUGAGGAGUGCUGCCAACUCGUCAAGGAGAACAGUAUUGAAGGAUGCAAGCUGAACGAUGUCCGCGUAGUCUACACCCCGUGGAGCAACCUCAUGAAGACCGGCGACAUGGCAGUCGGGCAGGUCGGCUUCCACAAGGAGGAGCUGCGACGUUACCACACCGUCGCCAAAAAGAACCGCCCAAUGCUCAAGGCGCUUGAGAAGACACGCGUGGAGAAGAACGACGUCGACUUCCGCAAGCUGCGCGAGGACCGCGACAUGGAGGAGCGCCGUAAGCUCCGCGCCGACAGGGCGGCGCAGGACCACCAGGACAAGCUGGAGCGGGAGGAGAAGAAGCGCCUGGAGGAGCUGCGGACGUACAAGGGCGUGAUGGACGACAACAACAUGCGCCUCAACACUGGCGAGGUACCGGAUGAGGACGACUUCAUGUAG